CAUAACCGGCGGCAACACCGCCGUAGUCCGGGUAAGACUGAGCACCGAAGCAUCGGUACAUACGAUGAAGAGAUUGGAUGGCGUCUGGCGUGCGUCAUCAGUACACGGACUGAUCAGAUCUCAAAACCGGAUCACUUGCACGAAGACUCUCGUUUCUCAUCAGCAAAGCGUGGGCUUCAAUGCCUCACCUUGCGAAUCGACAUCCUACACCCUCUGUACUAUCCAUUCCACAGACAAGGCAUCCCUUCACUUACAGUGAAAACGACUCUACCAUGACACAAUCGCCUCUGCAAUUAAAGAUAAUCCUCAUUGGCGAUAUGUCCGUUGGCAAGACCUGUCUCUAUAAGCGCUUCUUUGACAGACAAUGGUCAUUCGAAAAGGUUGCUGCGACUUACGGCGUUGACCUCCAAUUUCAAACCAUGGAAGUUGAUGGGCGAAAGGUGAAACUCGGCAUAUGGGACACCGCAGGAAUGGAGAAGUUCCGGGUGAUCACGGCGCCAUUCUACAGGGGUGCGCAGGGUGUUAUACUCGUGUACGACAUUACUGACAAAACAUCGUUCGAUGCGUUGGCAGGUUGGCUUGCUGAAAUCGAUCAACACGUUCCAUCCACCACACCCAAGAUGAUCGUAGGGAACAAAUUAGACCAGGAACAUUCCCGGCAGGUAUCUACCUUUGACGGGGAACUGUUUGCCUCCCGUAACGGUGCGCUUUUUCGUGAAGCAAGCGCCAAGACCUCGGCAGGUGUGACCGAAGUCUUUGAGGAUCUCGUCAAGCAGAUCCUCAACGCUGAAGACCAAACGAAAUCGGUGGACAUUUUUAGGUGGCCUCAGGCUGAAGUAGUCAAGCUGUAUGCACAGGACCCAGCUAGCUGGUGGAAUAGCUGCAAAUGCUAGGAAGUAUGUAGUUAUAGUGGCAGACGGUUAUAGGGUCUUGUCAAGCAAGAAUCGAAUACCUAUCAGUGUGUCUAGUUUCACGGACUGCGAACUCGUUCAUGGCAU